AUGCAGCAUUGCCCCAAGAGGAGUACGCGGCUGAAAGGAGGGGAUUCCACCCCUACAGCAACGCGAACGGAUCAGCAGCCAGUGAGUAGUGGAGCAGAAAACCGGCCGCGAGUGAAAAUAACCUCGUCGGCGGCCAUUUCGUGCCCAGCCACUACGGUGACUACAGUCGCGUCCCAACCCGGAGGCACUGCUGCCACAGCUGCGGAGAUGAGCCAGUCCCUCACGUCGGACCUUCUGAAAAGGAUCGCGGCGUUGGAGGAGGAGCUGAAGCAGGUUAGAACCCUGAGCGGUACGAGCACCGCCAACGGUGUCGGUGCGAGCAGUGCGGCCUGCACGCAGCCGCCAUCUUGGAGUGGACCGCCAUUGCUAACGACUAGCAGUCAUCAUGUGGAGCCACUGUGUGCUACAAGUGUUGCGCAGACAGCGCAUGGAUUUGUGCUACCGGGCGGGAGCAUCCACAACGUGGCAACAGCAUCGCCAGUUGUCGGAUCCUACGCCUCGAUGACGCCGAAUGGAAUCCAAGGAUCGUAUGGGCCAAGGAGGCUUCCGGACCUGCCUGUAUUUGGAGGGCAGCCCGAGGAGUGGCCGAUUUUUAAUUGUGCGUUUGUGGAGACGACCCAAGCAUACAACUGCACAGACUUGGAGAACAACCAGAGGUUGUUGAAGGCGCUGAAGGAUGAAGCACGCGAGACAGUGAAGUCGCUGCUGAUUCACCCUGGGAACGUCAGCGCCGUGAUGGAGCAGCUGCGUUUUAGGUUUGGCCGACCGGAGCAGCUUAUACGCAGCCAGCUGAACAGUGUGCGAGAGGUGCCGCCGAUUUCGGAGCAGCACCUGGCGAGGAUCGUUCCCUUCGCAACCCGAGUGAGUAACCUCACGGCCUUCUUGCAGUCAGCGAAGGCGGAGCAGCGCCUGUGGAACCCAACGCUAAUGGAGGAGCUUGUGGCAAAGCUACCUACGAGCAAGCGAGUGGACUGGGCCAGGCACGCUGCAUCGAUCGAGCCCUUCCCUACUGUAGGGCACUUCAGCGCGUGGCUACAGGAGUACGCAAACGUUGUGUGUACGGUUUUGGACGUCGAGGGAAAGGAGCCGAGGCGUAGAGUUCUGCAUGCGAGCGUCGACCAGAACGGAUGCGAUCAACAGGAUGAUCGGCAUGGAAGUUGUCCAAUUUGUGGAGGGCAACACGGUGCGACGAGCUGCAGGGAGUUUAUUGGAGCUUCGCCACCAGACAGGUGGAGCAUGGUGAGGAGGCAUUGGCUCUGCUUCACAUGCUUACGAAGUGGACAUACGACCAGAUCCUGCGAUGCAUAUGGCGAGUGCCAGGUCAACGGAUGUCGUAAAUUGCAUCACCGUCUGCUACAUGGCGCGGACGAGGAGCGAAGAUGGCCGGCGAGAGGUGGCUUUAGGCGCCACAACGGAGGAAACCAGCAGUCAGCAGUUUCCCGACGCGGCCCGGAUAUGAGAUCUUCGCCACGAGGUGGUUACAGGGACCACGAGGGGAGCCUGCAGUCGGCUGCCCCUAGAAACAGCCUGGAGAGAAGGGCCCCGCAGCCAGCGGAGGUGCCCGUGCAGAGGAAUUUAAGCUGCGUUGACGCCGAGGGAGGCCGACUUCUGUUCCGUAUACUGCCAGUAACGCUGUACGGAGCUGGUCGCCAGGUGGACACAUACGCGCUCUUGGACGAGGGAUCCUCCGUCACGAUGAUCGAUGACGAGCUACGGAGGGAUCUGGGAGUGCGAGGCGAGCGUCGACAGCUGAACAUUCAAUGGUUCGGAGGAAGGGCCAGUAGAGAGCCCAGUAACGUGGUGAGUCUGGAGAUAAGUGGAGCUGGGAAGCCCACUCGCCACGCUUUGAGGAAUGUGUACUCCGUUUCCAGCCUGAGUCUGCCGAUGCAGACGUUAGGCCGACGAGAUGUCCAAGGCGUGCAUAAGGAUGCGCGUCUGCCGAUGAAGCCCUAUACCAAUGUGGUGCCCAAGUUGCUCAUCGGACUGGAUAAUGGACAUUUAGGAUUGCCACUUAGGACGAGGCGGUUUGCCAGAGAGGGACCGUAUGCGGCCGCAACCGAGCUUGGAUGGGUUGUUUUUGGGCCAGUAAGUGGACAAUCGACUACGCCGUCACCGAGGUCCUGCCUACUUGCCGUGUCAAUGGACGACACGAUGGAACAGAUGGUGAAGGACUACUUCGAGAUGGAAAGCUUUGGUGUGAAGCUCGCGCAACAGGUCGCAGGCAGCGAUGACGCGCGGGCACAAAGGAUCCUCGAAGACACCACGGUGAAAGUAGGGCGUCGCUACCAGACGGGAUUACUCUGGAAGGACGACUACGCUGUGCUGCCACGGAGCUAUGAGAUGGCGCACAGACGGCUGAUCAACGUAGAGAAGAAGUUGAAGCGCAACAGGCAGUUGGCGAUGGAAUAUGAUCGCAUCAUCAGGGAUUACGUAGCCAAAGGAUAUGCGAGGAAGCUGCAGCAUGAUGAGGUCGCGGUGACGAGCGACCGGCUAUGGUAUUUGCCACAUUUUGGUGUCGAAAACCCGAACAAGCCCGGUAAGGUCCGGCUUGUGUUCGAUGCUGCAGCCAAGGUUGGAGGAACCUCUCUAAAUUCGGUGCUGGACAAGGGGCCUCAGCAUUACAAGCCCUUGCCAGCCGUGCUCUUCCACUUCAGGGAAGGAGCAGUCGGAGUCUGCGGUGACAUCAAGGAGAUGUUCCACCAGGUGCUGAUCCGACCCGAGGACCGAUGUUCCCAACGAUUCCUUUGGAGAGAUGGUGACGACGAUAGAGACCCGGAUGUGUACGAGAUGAACGUAAUGACGUUUGGAGCAGCCUGCUCCCCGAGCGCUGCGCAUUACGUGAAGACGGUAAAUGCCCUGAAGUUUCGGGAUUCAGAUCCGAGGGCAGUUAAGGCCAUCAUCGACCACCAUUACGUCGAUGACUAUGUGGACAGUUUCGCUACAGAGAGCGAAGCUAUCAGUGUAUCUACCCGAGUGAAAGAGAUACAUGCGGAGGCUGGAUUCGAGUUAUGCCAGUUUUCAUCCAGCUCACCCAUCGUGGAAGCGGCGUUGGGACCACCUGGACGAGUCAAGAACGUCGGAUGGGGUGAGGCUGAGCAGAAGAUCCUUGGAAUGCGAUGGCAGGUAGCCACGGAUGACUUCAGGUUCAACGUGGAGUAUCAUCGAGUGCCAAGUAGCGUUCUAAGUGGAGAUCGAGUCUCUACAAAGAGGGAGUAUUUGAGCCUGCUGAUGUCAACGUUCGACCCAUUGGGAUUCCUGUGCUGCCUGAUGAUUACAGCGAAGCUGCUGUUGAGAGAGAUCUGGAGGCAGAAGAUCCAGUGGGACGAACCACUACCAGAGGAGAUAGGCAAAGCCUUUGCAGCCUGGCGCAGGGAGAUGGACGCCGUGGGACAGUUCCGAUGUCCACGCCAAUAUUUUGGUCAUGGAGCGGUUCGGACUAUCGAGUUGCACGUGUUCGUGGAUGCAAGUCAAUCUGCAUUCGCGGCGGUGGCCUAUUGGAGUGCCACGUACGAGGAUGGAAACGUGCUGGUUAGCUUCGUGUGCGCAAAGACGAAGUGCGCACCCAUGAGGACAAUGUCGAUCCCGAGGCUAGAGCUGCAGGCAGCGGUUCUUGGAACCAGACUGAUGAACACUGUCAAGGAGGAGCACAGUGUGGACACCAGCGAGACGGUGUUAUGGACGGACUCAAAAACGGUGCUGAGAUGGAUCGGCAGCACCCACCACCGGUAUAAGCAGUUUGUUGGCAACCGAGUGGCGGAGAUUUUGGAGUCGUCGAAGGUUUCCCAGUGGAGAUGGGUACCUACAGCUGACAACGCAGCGGAUGAUGCGACCCGGUCGCAGAAUAAGGCGGACCCGGAAUCGCGGUGGCUAAGGGGACCCGCAUUUUUGAGGCAGCCUGAGAGCGGCUGGCCGGCGCCUGAGGAAGGAACUAAGCGUGUUCCAGAUGCGCCUGAUGAAGAGGAGAUGCCCAGUGAGUUUGCAUUGGUGGCCACAAAUGAAUUUGUCAUUCCGUUUCAGAGAUACUCGAGCUUCAGUCGCCUGGUGAGGACCACAGCCUGGGUCUUAAGGUUUGCGCGCUGGUGCCGCAAGCAGAGAAGCGAGCUCGAGGAGUACGGACUCACUGCAAAGGAGUGUGAGAACGCGGAGAACCUGGUAGUCAGACAGGCCCAAUUGGAGUCGUUCCCCGACGAGAUGAGGUCGGCGGAAUGCGGAAAGAACGUCGCCAGCUCGAGUGAGAUUCGAGGUCUGGCGCCCUACUGCGAGGAGGCCCAUGAAGCAUCAAAAUGUGGAUGCGGCGAUUGCUCAGAUCUGGAGGAGAUUCUGGGUAACGAAGAUGAGACGAGUGCUGAAGGAAGUAAUCUCGUCGUGCAACGAGUGCAAGUUGCAGCGAACGCGGCCGAUGCCGCCGAUAAUGGGACCCCUUCCAGAGGAUCGAUUGGAAGCGGGGUUUGGCCAUUCAAAUACGCCUGGAUUGGAUGCGGAGCUACCCAAGGAGGGUUCUACACGAAAGCAGUGGAGGAUUGCCCGCAUGCUGCGAGACCGUUUCUGGAGGAGGUGCUGGAGUACCUGCCUACGCUUGUGCGCCGCGAGAAGUGGUGCCGAAGAACGGAGCCCAUCCGCCAGGGCGAUAUGGUCUUCCUCUGCGAUCCAGCCUUGCCCAGACGAGAGUGGCGCAAGGGCAUCGUGGAGGAGAUAUACAGCGGAGCUGAUGGAGUCGUCAGACGCGCUACAGUGCGCGUGAACGACAAUGGCCUAUCUCGGACAAUGUUGCGGCCCGUCUCAAAACUUGCGGUUUUGGAUUUGAGUGAAGCGGUUCUUCACGGGGUCGGGGAUGUCGACGGUCAAACAUUGUGA